AUGGAAAAAAAUGGUUACAACCAGGGGAAGUAUCGAGGGAAAGAGGAAAAGAGAGACAAAAGUGUUAUGGAAAAGCAUAAUAAUCAAAGUUGGCUGAUUAUAACGCAGUAUGCCAUUAAAACCAACGAUGAUGGUGAUGACGACGAUGACAACGACGAUGACGAUGUCGAUGUCGAUGAGGACGGCUUCAGUAACGAUCAACGACGACGUAUAUAUCAACUGUUGAAUGACUGA